UUCAUGUAUCCGCUGCAUCAGAUAGUUCCUAAAAAAGUGGCAUCCCCCGGCUCAACUUCAACCCGGGAACAAAACCAAAACCCUAGACGCCUCUACUAUCUUACUUUUAUUCACUUUUCACUCUCUCCACAAUCGGCCGUCCAUCUCCAUAACCAAAAGCAGCGAAGAUGAGUAAAGGCGCGGCAGCGGCGGGAGCGAAAGGCGGGAAGAAGAAGGGGGUGAGCUUCGUGAUCGAUUGUUCGAAGCCUGUGGAGGAUAAGAUUAUGGAAAUUGCUUCGCUCGAGAAGUUCCUACAGGAGAGAAUUAAGGUCGGCGGGAAAGCCGGCGCUCUUGGUGAUUCUGUUACCGUCACUCGUGAGAAGAACAAGAUCACUGUCACCGCCGAUUCUGCUUUCUCUAAAAGGUAUCUCAAGUAUUUGACGAAGAAAUACUUGAAGAAGCAUAAUGUGAGGGAUUGGCUUCGGGUGAUUGCUUCCAACAAAGACCGGAAUGUUUAUGAACUGCGCUACUUCAACAUCGCUGAGCAAGAGGGAGAGGAAGAAGACUAAACUUACAUCUAUGGUUCAUGUUCCUCUUCUGCUUGCCCCACUUUGUCAGAACCACUUUUUGGAUCAUUUGAUGUUGUUGGUUCUGUCUUUCUUCUGCAAUUUCUUGACUCGAUAGAUUAUGAGUUAUCACUUUUGUUUAAUGCGAAGCUUUAUGUUGUUCUUAUUUCCUGGAAUUCAUUCAGUAGCAAUAGAUAUCGUAUGUCAGUACAUGUGCAAUUUUUGCCGCUUUGCAAUGCUAUACCUUGUUCUCUA